AUGUUUGCUCGACAAGUUUUUGUUCAUAAAGCACUAAAUGAAACAAAUUUAACUGGGUUAAGAAUAGGUAGCAAUUUUUACAAGUUUAACAACAAAUCUCUUAUAGAAUGUUUUGUAAAGCACAACAUUCACCUCAAUUCAAGUGUUUCUACGAUAAUUUACCAACCACAGAAACCUUCCAUUGGUAAGUACGAAGAAGAAUCUUCCAACAUUUCUAAUUCCAAUUCAAAAGUUCAUAUGAAAUCCUUAAAAGACAUGAAAUUGUCAGUCGAAGAAUUAAAAGAAAGAACUGCAAGAAUUGCAUCAAUGUAUAAGAAUCAGAUCGAAUUAAAGGAAUGGACAGAAGAAGAAACAAAACUUUUGCUUAUGGCAUCAAAAAUCCAUGGAAAUCGUUGGAAAUUUAUUAAUAGUCAUUAUUUUAAUUAUAGAACAUUACAUUCAAUAAAAUGUAAAUGGUAUAGAGAAAAGGUUAAAUAUGAAAAUAGUUAUAAGACAAUUACAUCAAGAUGGACUCAGGAGGAAGAUGAUCUAUUAUUAAAAGGGAUUGAAAAAUAUGGUAAAGGUCAUUGGAGAAAAAUUUCAAGGAUGUUACCAAAUAAAGAAGCUUUACAAGUGUUUAGAAGAUAUUAUUUUAUUAAUUAUACAAAACGUGGAAAUUUCACAGAGGAUGAGGAUAAUUUAUUAUGUGAUUUAUUAAAAAAGUAUGGUAGAAAUCGUUGGCAAAAAAUUGCAGAUGAAAUGAAUAGACCUGUUUUCACAAUUAUAAAACAUUAUAAUUUGGUUUUAUUAAAUGCUGCGAAAUUUCCAUAUUGGACUGAUAAAGAAAAUGAGUUAAUUAGAGAUUCUAUCUUAAAGUAUGGUAAAGAUUGGAAAAUUAUUCAAAAAUUAUUGCCUCAUCGUUUACCGCUUUCGAUUAAGGAACAUGUUAGAUCUUGUUCUUUAAUCGAUCCUUAUUAUAAUAAUGGUUUCUGGCAAGUUAAUGAAACCAUAAGAUUAGUUAAAGCUGUUGGUUUAUAUGGUAAAAAUUGGCGAAAGGUUUCGGAAUUUGUUGAAACUAGAUCUCCUAAACAAUGUGGUGCUCAUUUUAGAGAUUGUUUUUUAAGGAAAGGUCUGGAAUCUUAUAUUUUAAAUUCGGAGCAAAAACAAGUUUCCUGCCGAGGUAUUUCGUAA